GUGGAGACACUCCGGAGCAACUUGGCGCAUCAACAGCCUCCUCUGAGCGGAGAACAGUGGAGGAGGAGCAGUCUGUUAUUCCUCUCUCUCUCUUCUGCUGCUGCAGCUUCACCACAGACAGGAGGAGAAAACACCGAUAUCCUUUCACUUGUGCGUAAAAGUGAUUUUGAUUGAAUUAUUAAUUAAGUGGAGAGGAGAGUCGGCUUCAUGCUGUGUGUGUGUGUCUCACCGACACGGAGUCAGGACGUUAAUUACAGACAUUAAAUCAUUUAUUAAACAUUCUGCAUCGGGGGAUUUUUGCUCUUUCCCGCAAAGAAAUAUUUAUUUUUUGCGCGUAAACUUGAACCCCGGACCCUCUGAGAGACAGACCUUCUCCAACCGAACCGGGUUUGAUGGAAACAUGACCAAAGCUGCAUCUGGAGCGGUUCUCCUGCACGACCUCCUCUCCCACCUGCUCCCGCUGCUGCUGCUGCUGCUGCUUCAUGCCUCACCGGGGUGUCUCUCCGCGCAGCCCGGGCAUCCAGUGCGCUACUUGGGGCAAAUAGCCGAGAACUCCCCGGCUGGGACGCCGGUGGACGGGGUGCUGCUGCCGCUCGGAGCGGGCGGCUGCCCCGGCGCGGACCUGAAUGCCAGCCUCACGGGGGAUUACGCGUCGGAUUUUAGGCUCGUUCACUACCGCGGGCACCGGGACCACCGCGGGCAUCUGGGUUUGGUCUCCUCCAAAGCUCUGGACCGGGAGUUUAUAGCGAUGUACGAGCUGACGGUGCGGCUGCCGCCGCGGUGUCUGAGGAGACCGGCCGCCGUGCAGGUCGAAGUGUCGGACAGGAACGACAACAUCCCCCGGUUCACCAGCGGGAACCGGACGGUUGAAGUGGACGAGCUGACGCCGCUCGGUACCGAGCUGGCCCGCUUUGACGCCAAGGACGGCGACGCCGAGAGGAACGGACGCGUCACCUUUUACGCGUCACCGGAGUCUCACCUGCUCCACGUGGUCCCACAGACCGGGCAGGUGAGGCUGGUGGGGUCCCUCCUGGGUGUCCGCCAGGUGUCUCUGCGCCUUUACGUGACCGACGGCGGAGACGUGGCGCUGGUCGGGGAGCCGGUGUUCCUGCGGGUCGACGUCCGCGGCUCCGGUAGAGCGCGGCGGAGGACCCGGGCUCUGUCCGAGGAGCUGUCCUACACCGUGACCGUCCCGGACCACGUCAGAGUCGGGGACCUGGUGUUCACGGUGCCGGACCAGAGGUUCGAGCAGCGGUGGUUCGAGGUGAUAUCCGAGGCAGAGUCGCCGGUUCAGAUCGAGCGGGACUCGGGGAGGUUGUACCUGGCGAGCAGCCUGCGGGAGCCCGCCGAGGUCGUGGUGAAGAUCCAGAACCUCCGAGGUGAUGAGUGGUACCUGUGCAGGUUGACUCUGAGCAUGCCCAGCCAGGCAGACCUGCAGUGGGCCAUGUUCCCCUCGCCUUACCUGGGCGCCGUCGGUCCUGACGCCACAUCCGGCUCUGUCGUGUACCGGCUGUCGGCACGGCAACGAGACGGGGCACUCGGACACCCCCAGUUCCUCCUAUUGGACGGUGGGGAGGAGUGCUUCGAGGUGGAUCGUCGCUCUGGUGACAUCAGGACCACAGGACGACCUCUGACCCCGAGUAAGGAGUACCUGCUGCGGGUGCAGGCGGUGGACGGGCGCGGUCGGAAAGGCCCGCCGGCUACGGUGGCCAUCCUGGCCGGCUACCGGCCGCCGCAGUUCACCAACUCCACCUACAGCCUGAGCGUACCUGAGAACACACCUGUCGGCCAACCCGUCUCAGUGGUUCAGGCCGUCUCCUUCCAGAAGAAGAGUCUGUCCUACAUGCUGUUGGUGAAUCCUGGGAAUCUGUUCAGCAUCAACCAGGAGAGCGGAGCGCUCAGCCUCACCAGGACCGUCGACUACGAGAGCGGACACAACCUCCACACCCUGCAGGUCCGCGCCUCCGAGCCUGACACCGGCCUCAGCGGCGUGGCAGAGAUUGUCGUUCAUAUAACGGAUGAAAACGACUGCACACCUGAGUUCCUCCACUCCAUCUACACCAGAGACAAUAUACCUGAGAGCAUCGCACCUGGAACCUCCCUGCUGCAAGUUCUGGCCCGGGACUGUGACUCCGGCGUGAACUCGGAGCUCUCUUACUUCGUCCACGGCGGCGAAUUUGACAUCACAUCGGGGGGCGUGGUCAGCCCCGCCCGUCGCCUGGACUACGAACGACCCAAUCACGUCUACGAGUUCGUGGUGGUCGCCGUGGACGCGGGGACGCCGCCACGCACGGGCACCGCCUCUGUCCGCAUCCGGGUCGCCAACAGCAACGACGAGGCGCCCGUCUUCUCCCAGAGCGCUUAUAAGACCUUCCUAAGCGAGGACGCCGGUCCUGACACGCUGGUCGCCAUCGUUCACGCCAACGACCCGGACGGAGACGCCGUCUCUUACGCCAUCACCGGCGGCAAUGAGGACAGCAACUUCCUGCUGGACAACCAGAAGGGCAUCAUCAAGCUGCGGAGGAGUCCGCCACCGAGGCUCAGAGGACCACAGUACGUUCUCAACAUCACAGCCACGGACGACAACGCAUCCGGUGGGCCGUACCCGCUCAGCAGCUCCGCCCAGGUCAUCGUAGGAAUCAACGACAUCAACAACAACAAGCCGGUGUUCGGGGAGUGUCAGAACUACAGUCUGAACGCCGGCGUCCUGGAGAACCAGCCGCCGGGGACGUUUGUGCUGCGCGUCCAGGCCCACGACGCCGACAUGGGCGUCAACGGAGAGGUCAAAUACGGCAUCAUGCACCGAGACGGAGUGUCGCCCGGGUUUGACAUUAACCCCGACACCGGUGUGAUCACCACCACGGCGAGUUUCGACCGGGAGCGGCAGAGGGAGUUCACGCUGUCGGUGACGGCCACAGAUCAGGCCGAGGAGCCGCUCAUCGGGAUCUGUCAGAUCACCGUCCUCAUCGCAGACCAGAACGACAACGACCCAAAGUUCGAGAACAGCCGCUACCAGUACUUCCUGCGGGAGGACACUCCGGUAGGAACUAGUUUCCUGCGAGCGGCGGCACACGAUGACGACCAGGGGAGCAACGCAGCCAUCACAUACUCCCUGUCCAAUCAGAAGCCAGCUUACCUGCACAUCAACCCCAGUACUGGCUGGAUUUACGUCAACCACCCCAUCUCACAGACGUCCAAGAUCAACCAGCAGAUCGUGGCGUCCGAUGGAGGGAACCGCAGCAGCUCCGUGGAGCUGACCGUCAUCAUUACCAACGUCCACAACCAGCCGCCGCACUGGGAGCAGCCCGAGUACUGGGUCACCGUGCCAGAAAACACCGUACGAGACGCCAAGAUAGUGACCAUCAAGGCGACGUCUCCGCUCGGUGACCCCCGGGUGACCUACAACCUUGAAGAGGGUCAGGUGCCGGAGACCAACAUGCCGGUGCGAUUCUACGUCAAGCCGAACCGGGCGGACAGCUCGGCGUCCAUCCUGGUGGCCGAGAACCUGGACUACGAGACGACGCGCUUCUUUGCGCUCAGAGUGCGAGUCCAGAACGUCGCCGCUGUGCCGCUCGCGUCGUUUACCACCGUCUACGUCAACGUGACAGAUGUGAACGACAACGUUCCUUUCUUCCUGUCGUCCACCUACGAGGCCACGGUGCCUGAGGGAGCGGAGAUCGGCACGUCAGUGGCUCAGGUGUCGGCCACGGACCUGGACUCUGGUCUGCACGGGAUGAUCCACUACGUGAUCCUGAAGGACGAGAGCGGGGACUCGCAGUUCUUCAGCAUCGACUCGCGCAGCGGCGUCAUCGUCACUCGAGCCUCCUUCGACCGCGAGCAGAAAGCCUCCUACCUGAUCGAGGUCCAGUCGCAGGACGGCUCCGAGUCGGCCAGACCGGGUCAGCAGGGACAACCCAACACCGACACCGCCUACGUCAGGAUCUUCGUCACCGACGUCAACGACAACGCGCCGGCGUUCGCCCGGCCGGUGUACGAGGUGAGCGUGGAGGAAGACAAAGAGGUCGGCUUCGUCCUCAUCACCGUCACCGCCAACGACGAGGACGAAGGCGCCAACGCCAAGCUGCGCUACCAGAUCACGGCGGGAAACACCAUGGGCACGUUUGACGUGGAGCCCGAGGUGGGCACCAUCUUCGUGGCUCAGCCGCUCGACUACGAGAUGGAGCAACGCUACGAGCUCCGGCUGGUCGCCUCCGACGGGAAGUGGGAGAACGAGACGCUGGUGGUGGUCCAGGUGGUCAAUCGCAACGACGAGGCGCCUGUCUUCAGCCAGACAGAGUACCACGCCGCCGUGACGGAGGAGCUCACGCAGCUGCCGGUUUUCAUCCUGGAGGUGUCAGCCACUGAUCCAGACCAGGAGGCUGAUCAGACCGCCCUCCGCUACUCCCUCCACGGCCAGGGUGCUGGUGGCGAGUUCACCAUUGAAGAACGCACAGGAAGAAUCUACGCCCAACGGCGUUUGGACCGCGAGGAGCGCCCGGCCUGGAGGUUCCUUGUCCUCGCCACAGAUGAAGGAGGGGCUGGACUGACGGGGUUUGCUGAUGUUCUCUUAGAGGUCCGAGAUGUCAACGACAACGCGCCCUUCUUCCCAUGCCCAGCACUGGAAGUAGAUGGAUGUUUUGUCGGCCAAGUGCCUGAAAAUUCACCUGCCGACACCUCCGUCAUGGAGAUGCGCGCCAUGGACCUGGACGACCCCAACGAGGGCAAGAAUGCCAUGCUGACCUACAGCAUCAUCAAGAACGUCCGCAACGAGAUUAACCUCAACCUGUUCUCCAUCAACGCCAGCACAGGGACCAUCUACACGGUUCUACGCUCCCUGGACCGGGAGGUGGAAGACCGGUAUCUGGUAGUGGUCGAGGCCAGGGAUGGCGGGGGUUUGGCGGGAACAGGGACAGCCACCAUUAUGAUUUCAGACGUCAACGAUCACCCACCCGUCUUCUCUCAGAGGCUCUACACUACUCAGGUGACAGAAGACCUGGAGGUGAACAGCGAGGUGCUCGUAGUUUCUGCCACAGAUGGCGACGAAGGCGAAAACGCUGUGGUAACCUUCAGCAUCGUCGGUGGUGACGAGGACAGGAAGUUCUUUGUGGAGACAGACAAAGUGAACCGACGUGGCGUGAUAAAACUUAAGAAGAAGGUCGACUUCGAGAAGCCCCACGAGAGGACUUUCAAUCUGACCCUGAAGGCUGAAGACGCUGAUUUCUUCAGCCUCGCCUACUGUCUCGUUCAGGUUGAAGACUCCAACGACCACGCACCCGUAUUCUUCCCGCAGUUCUACGAGUCACCGGCCAUGUCUGAGGAUGUACCCGUGGGGACGAUUGUUGCCCAGGUUACAGCUUCUGAUCUCGACUCCGGCCAAAAUGGACGCUUUUCUUACAGUAUUUCAAAGGAGUCGGACCCUUACGAUCAGUUUCUGGUGGACCAGUCGGGUUGGGUGGUAGUGGCCAAUUCUCUGGACAGGGAGAAAAUCUCACAGCACAGGAUCAUGGUCCUCGCCACCGACUCUGGGACUCCAUCCCUGACUGGCACUGCCAUCGUCGUGGUAACCGUACUUGACAUCAACGACAAUGGGCCAGAGUUCGAGGUCCCCUAUAAGCCCAUGGUUUGGGAGAACAUGGCCGCGCCCCAGGCGGUUCGGAUGAAUGAAACCUCCCUCCUCCUCCACGCCACCGACCGGGACACCUCCACCAAUGGCGGACCGUUCUCCAUACGGCUUCUCAUGCUCACCUCAGACGCCACCAACUUCAAUUUAACUGACUUUCGCAACGGCAGCGCAGCCAUCACCGCCCUCCGGACCUUCGACCGCGAGCGGCAGAAGGAGUAUCACCUCCCGAUUCUCAUGAUCGACAGCGGCUCUCCUCCGAUGAGCUCCACCAGCACGCUGACGGUCGUCAUCGGGGACAGGAAUGACCACCCUCACUCACCAGGACACACUAACUUCAUCGUCUACAGUUAUGAGGGUAUUCUCCCGACGACAGUGCUCGGACGAGUUCAAUCCCCCGACCUUGAUGACUGGAGUGAGAAGGUGUACCGGUUCGAAGGCAAACCAUCCAGGUUGUUCAGUCUGAACCAGAGCUCGGGUCAGCUCACUAUCAGAGAGGGGGCUCCUCCGGGCUCGUACCGCCUGCAGGUACGCGUGUCGGACCACGCCUGGCCCGACGUCACCUCCACCGCCCAGGUGGACGUCAGGGAGCUGCGGCAGGACGCUCUGCGCAACGCCGCCUCCAUUCGCAUGAGCAACCUCACAGUGGAGGACUUCUUUAGCAGCAGCGGAGGUGAAGAGAGCCGGUUCUCCCGUCUGGGUCGAAUGUUGGCCGAACUCCUGCAGACUUUGCCGGAAAACGUCCAAAUCUUCUCUGUGGGCGGCGCCGGCCAGCGGGGAGAGAAGGCGCUCAAUGUAUGGUUCGCCGCUCACGGCUCGCCGUACUACAAGGCGGAGAAGCUGCACGGCUACGUGGCAGCGAACAAAGCCAAGCUGGAGGCCUCGUUGGGCGCGACCAUCUCUCAGGUGGGCGUGGACGACUGUCCGUCCACGGACUGCGGUCAGUCCGGAGGCUGCAGCAGCGACGUGGCGUUCAGCCAGGCCCCGGUGGCGCUCAGCAGCGGCAACACCUCUCUGGUGUCGCUGUCGGCCUCAUCGACAGCGCGGUGCGGCUGCCGGGGCCGAGAGGCGAUCCACCUGCCCUGCUCCACCUACCCCACCAACCCCUGCCUCAACGGGGGCAGCUGCCAGGACGGGCCGCUGGGAUACAGAUGUAAAUGUCCUCCCAUGUUCGACGGCCCCGAGUGUCAGCAGACCAAACACAGCUUCGGUGGUCAGGGAUACGCCUGGUUCCCUCCCAUCAUGCCUUGCUUCCAGAGCAGGAUCUCCCUGGAGUUCCUGGCUGAGUCUGCGAACGGGCUGCUCCUCUACGACGGGCCGCUCGGCCCCGCCCACUCCGGCGAGCAGGAGGACUUCAUCGCCGUGGAGUUGAGGAACGGGGUUCCAGCUCUGAGUAUAAACCACGGAUCAGGAACUCUGACCCUGCAGCUCCCGCCGAAAUCCACCGUCACCGACCGCCGCUGGCAUCGCCUCGACAUCAUCAGUGACGGAAAGGCCGUGCAGCUGAUCCUGGACCAGUGUGGGGGGGUGGCGGUGAACGAGCAGGAGGGAGUCGGGGGGGACGCUCAGGAGACGGACGAGUCCGGCUGCAGAGCUGCCGGAGAGACGCCGGGAAACCAGAGAUAUCUGAAUGUCUUCCAGCCUCUUCAGUUGGGAGGAGUGAAGGAAACGUCUCCUCAUCGCCGUUACCGCAGUUUCACCGGCUGCAUCCGCAACCUGGUGGUGGACAGCCAGGUGUACGACCUGGCGUCUCCAGGUGAGAGCGUGGACAGCAGCCCCGGGUGCAGCCUGACGGACGGGGUGUGUGUGACGGCAGCCGGACCCUCCUGCGGCGUUCAGGCCUCGUGCCUCGCCGACUGGGGCUCCUUCAGCUGCGAGUGUCACCCAGGAUACACCGGACACAAGUGUGACAGGGCCGUCCCAGAGUUCUCCUUCAACUCGGGCAGCGUCGUCCGUUAUCAGCUCCGAGGUGGCGGCAGCUCUCGCCGCACAAACAUCCAGCUGCUCCUCCGAACCAGAGCCACCUCGGGCACCUUGCUCUCCGUGACGUCCCGGGAAGCCACCGAGUACAUCGUCCUGGAGAUCAUGGAGGGUCACCUGUCUGUCCGCGUCAACCUCGGUGACGGCGCCCACGCCCUGCGGCUCCCCGGCCAGCGGGUGGACAUCGGGCAGUGGGUCCUGGUCAGCCUCAGUCGCCAUGACAACCUGUUUACCCUGCGUCUGGAGCAGGGCGGGGGCUCACGGGAGGUCCAGGCCCGGCUGGGGAGCCGCAGGGAGAUCGUGGUUCACCCGGCCAGCGUGAUGGUCGGCAACGGCCCGACCGCCGGAGACAAGGCCGACUUUCAGGGCUGUCUGCAGGACGUUCGUUUUAACGGUCAGGUCCUGCCUCUGGACGGGCAGAGCCGGGACUUGGUGACGGUGCUGGAGAGGCGAGGGAUCACCUCCGGGUGCUCCAGCGACGCCUGCAGCAGUCAGCCGUGCCGCAGCCCGCUGCGCUGCAUCGACCUGUGGAGGAAACACCAGUGCAGGUGCCCCGGCGGUCAGGUGACGGUGACAGAUGACUCAGGUCAGCAGCGCUGCGUGCCGUCGCCCUGUGGAUCUACUUCCUGCCGUAACGGCGGCGUCUGCCAGGCGCUGUCGCCCGACAGCUACCGGUGCCGAUGCCAGGAGGGGUUCAGGGGUCAGCGCUGCGAGCUGGGUCAGGUCAAAGGUCACCGGCUGGCCGCCCUCAGCCCCAGCUCCAUCCUCGCCAUCAGCAUGUGUCUGCUCGUCUUCUUCGCGGUGCUGGUGGCGGUGACGGUGUGGAACCAGAAAGGCAGCCGUAACAAGUUCAGGAAGCGAGGAGUUUACCACAUCCCCGCUGAACACGAGAGCUGGGAGGACAUCAGAGAGAACAUCCUCAACUACAACGAGGAGGGAGGGGGGGAGCAGGACCAGAACGGAUACGACAUCACAGAGUUGAAGCGUCCGCUGUGCUCCAGUUUGUCUCAGUCCUCGUCCUGCACCACCGCCCCGCUCAUCAAGUCCUCCCCCGGCUCCCAGGAGGAGGUUCACCCGUCCAGCUCCUCCUGCAGCUCUGGCGCUCCCUACCUCAGCAUCCCUCAUCACCAUCACCACCACCAACAGCACGCCACCACCAACAGCUACACCAGCGACACCACCUACGCCAACUACACCGCUCACGUGGGCAGAGACGUGGAGACAAGCGACGGAGGCGGCUACGCGGACGCCCCGUCGGGCUCGCGCUCUCACGUGGAUUUUAAGAGCUACGUGUCGCGAAUAAUCUGGGAGGCGGACAACGACUGCGAUGCGUUCCCGCCCGACUCGUACCACGUCUGGUGUGUGGAAGGCUCGGGGUCGUCGGCGGGAAGCCUCAGCUCUCUGGGGUCGGCCGCGUCACGUAGAAACAUUACCGCCGCGCCCGGCGACGAUGAGGAGGAGGAGGAUGACGAAGGAGGGUUCGUUUAUGACAGGCUGUCGCGGUGGGGCCCCAAGUUCCAGGCUCUGAGCGAGAUGUACGACCGGCCCCAGCUGGCCCUCACGUACAGGGACGCAGUGGCAUACAUACAGAGGAGCCACAGCCACGACCUCCUGCCGCACCACCACUAGGGGGCGCCGAGACACACAGUUAGUACAGACAGGGAGGAAGCCGGUGCUGCGUUCACGUCCCAUCUGAAACAAACCAAACCCAGGAUGAUCAAUCAGUUAUCAAUCAAUCAAUCAAUAUCAGAUUAUUAAAAAGUGCUGCUUGAACGUCAGAACCAGAUUUUUUUUCUGAAUUAACAGGUUUAUUAAUUCCAUAUAAUUCAGUUUUAUAAUUAAAAGGCGAAAAUUAGUCGCCACCUAUGCAGAUGAUACCCACUUAUAUCUAUCGAUCAAAACGAGAGAAAAUGUAUCAUUAAAAAUAAUAUUUUGUAAACUUUAGUGGAGGAAAGCUGCUUAAAAUGAGCAGGUAAAAAAACAUGUUCGCUACAGACUCCAAAAAACUUCACAGCAUCAUGAUUUUAAUUGGGUUUUUUUUCAGUGAAAAUUUAAUUUGUGAUGCAUAAAUUUCCACAAUAAUCGUGAAUCAUAUUGCAAAAUAACUGCAAUGGGAUGUUUUUACCACAUCGUGCAGACCUCACCGAGAGAAUCUGAGCUCCAUUGAUCCGCCGUGAGGCAGAUGGGAUACACCGGAUAUCACAAUAUUGCAAUUUAAUCAUUAAUUUGGAGGAUUUACUUUUAUAAAAUGAUUGAAUUAAUUAUUGCACAUUGUCUCACAAAGGAAAUCCUGAUGCAAAAGUGACCCGUCUGUGGUAAAUUAUUUAACUUUAUUUAUGAAUAUUCAUAAUUUUUGAUGACUGAUACUAUAGGACAUAUUUACCCACUUUUCCAGGUUGGUAGUCCAGCUUUGUUUAUUGUCCUCAACAAGUAAAUUACAAAUAAACCCUGAAUCAUAGACUGAAUAUUAUCAAUUUAUACUAAAACUCUCUGUCCAAACACACGGAUACUUUCUGUUUUUUCGGCUGAUUGAACCUCGUUAAAGUUCAUGUUUGGGAAGAAGAAGAUUAAAAAUAGUGCACUCAUAAUGAAAUAGAAUAAUAAUAAUAAUAAACUUUAUUUAUAUAAAUAUUUAUUUAUAUGGUUACUUUGCUCAAAUUAAAGCUCAGGAAGCUUUUUUUAAUGACAGUUGGUAAACCAGCUCUGUAUGUGCAUUACUGCCACCUGCUGGACUGGAUGUGGAGCUGUAGAGUGGCAGGAAACAAACAAAUAAAACAAAAUAACUAAAUUCUAUUAUUUCUGUUUAUUCUUAAAUAAUUAAUUAAAAGAUUAUGAACUUUCCACCCUCACUGUGCUUGAGACUAAUCAGCUGAAAGAACUAAAAACACCUGCGUAGGUGCACAUCGGGCCUUAAAAUCUGAUUGGCUGCACCGGGCGACGCCUUUUCAAAUUCUCAGUCCUGAUUGGCUGUUGGUCCCUUUAAAACUAAGACCAACUGUUCUUUCUGUAAGUUCAUUCAGUCAUGAGGCACAAAGCAGCAGCAGCAGCAGCAGCAGAGAACGUGAGUAAAUCAAACUGGUUUAUGUGGCCGCUGCUUAAACUUAACAACAAUCAACAGGAAACUGGUUCAGUGUGUUUGUUACUGAGAGACACUGACAGUAAACUCAGUCUUUAAACCUUUGAAUUUCUAAUUUCUUGUGUAUUUAUUUCUCCUGAAAGCGUCACUUCUUAUAUUGUCAGUGUCCUUCAGUCUGUAUUUGUUCAAUUUUAAUACAAGAAAGACUACCAUUAACAAGUAUUUUCAUUAUCUGUUAGUCUGUGAGUUUCUUAAUUAAAGAACUAGAACUAAAAUCAGUGAAAGUUUUCCCACAGACCAAAGUCCAGUCUCAAAAGGUCUUAUUUUUGUCCUAAAGAUUUCUAUUUUCACAAAACACAAAGAAAAAUCCUCAAACUUUAAGUAUUUUUGCUUAAAAUAUUACUUCAAAACAUUUAUGGAACAACAAAACUGUUGCAGCGCCGACACAAACGCCACCAAAGCUCAUCCUGAACGGAGAAUGUGAUGCGACGCGAACGCAGCGACGGCAGAAGCGAAAGGCUCCGACGCCUCUCAGGGGUCGAGGGGGGGUUCGCUGUGACGUGACCCCGAUGUUUGUUCGUGUAGAAAAACCAGAUAAUGUUCGAGGUCUCGUUUCAGAGUUAUGGGUUCAUGUACCAGCUUCCCACAGGAACAUGUCAAACAUCCUUAUUUAUUCCGGCUCUUUAAAGCAGCUCAGCGUAUUUAUUUCUGUUCGUGGUUCUUUGUGGGUCGCUGAGUUCUCAGUCUGAAAAAAUGUGGACUUUUAGGGUUCAAGGUUUUCUUUUUUUUUAUGUCCUCUGGAGGAAUAUUAGCAUCAAACUGUCAGAAAUCUCACAAGAAAUGAUCCUGGUUCAUUUGUUAACAACAUUAAGGCCUUGAGUCUCACAAACAGGACUGGAGGUUCUUUAAGGGUGUUUUAAUGUAGCGUUUUAAUCUUUUUACCCGCGCCCCGACACUCUUCUUUUUCAAACCUCAAGGACGAACUUUCCUUUCACCGUCUUGUUUUCUUUGUUUGCUUUCGCUGCAGAUUAAACCUCCAACAACCAGCUUUUAAUUUCUCUUUUCUACCUUCCUGUUGCACUAGUGGACGAUUCACUCGGACAGGACUGAAAAAAAAACAAAAGACAAAAAAACGCAGAGAAAUAAAAGCCUGAAACACGUUUUCCUCCUCCAACAUGUAACAUAAGAUUUGAUAGAUUGUUUUCAGAAGAGAUUAUUUUUGUACUCCCUUGUAGAAACUUGUGUUAACAUCGCGGAUGGCGUCAGGCCGUCGGUGUUCGUGAACGUCGAGAUGUUUGUUCGACGACGUCCUCGGAGCUGGAAAAACACAGCAAAAAUCACAUCAAUGUGAAAGCGUGUGCAGAUUCUUUAAUGACAAAACUGUCGAAGCACAAAACAAAGAGCUUGAGUCGUCUGCAGGUUCAGGUUUGAGAGCUCGGAAAAAGAAGCACAAAAUCCAGAUUUUACCGAAGCCGUUUUCAACUGUUUGUGAGUUUAACAUUCUGUCAUCUAUUCUGAUUACAGAAAUAUGAAAUAAAUUUAAAUAAAAGACAAAAAUCUACAUGUUUUAUAACAAAUCUGACAGUUGAAUCUGAAGUUUAGAAUUUAGAAACAUUACUUAAUAAGGCUUUCUCAUCUGUUAUUGGACUCCUGAGGGUCAGUACAGAACUUUAUUUUAGCAACUUCAGUUUGACGCUCUCAGAUCUCAGCUGGCAGACUGACUUCAGAUUUUGUUAAUAAACUUCUGUAAAUGGCGUUCUUUGCUUUUUAAAAGGCGUGUUUCGCCCCUCCCACCUUCCAAACAACCAAAUGUGAUUUAUUUUUAUUUUUUUAAAUUAAAGAAAAUGUGAAACAGCGGUUUUGUUGGGUGACUUUAAACCAGCGGUUGUUUCCUACCUCUCGGCGGCUGCGUAUGUUGUCAUUGCACCGUCUGAUGAAUGUAGUUUUAUACGUAGGGAGUCAACGUUCCCCCGUUGAGGGUUUUUAGGAAACAAUCAAAGAGUUUUUAUACAAACUCUACUUGAUAAAAGUGACUCUUAAAGGAGAAGUGCGUAACUCAAUCCUCAGCUGGCGAAACGGCAACAAUCGGAUAUUUUAAAGGUUUUUUCGAAUUGCACUUGAUUCUCGAUUCUUGUGUCACAACAGUCGGUUUUCUCUUCAGAAUAAAAGAAGCCCUUCAAAGACUCAAAGCUAUGCAUCCAAAUGAAACAACACGGGUGUCUUUUUCUACGCCGAUGUGAAGCUCCAGAUGUUGUCCGUGCUGUGUGUGUAAAAGUGUUUUUAACUUCGACUGAGCAGCGUUGAUCUGUAUGAUAUUGUUGUACAUAUGGACGUUUUAUAGCAACCUAACACGGAAUAUUCCUUUUGUAUAUGACUUUUAAUAAAAUGGCUUUUCCCCAAAAA